AUGCAGUGUCAACACCCGCAGUGUACAACACCUGCAGUGUACGACACCUACAGUGUCAACACCCACAGUGUACGACACAUGCAGUGUCAACACCCACAGUGUACGACACAUGCAGUGUCAACCCCAGUAGUGUCAACACCCGCAGUGCCAACAGCUGUAACACCCGCUGUGUCAACACCCGCAGUGCCAACACCCGCUGUGCCAACACCCGCGUGCCAACACCCGCUGUGUCAACACCCGCAGUGCCAACACCCGCUGUGCCAACACCCGCUGUGCCAACACCCCUGUGCCAACACCCCUGCUGUGUCAACACCGCAGUGCCAACACCCGCUGUGCCAACACCGCUGUGCCAACACCCGCUGUGCCAACACCCGCUGUGCCAACACCCGCUGUGUCAACAUCCGCUGUGCCAACACCCGCUGUGCCAACACCCGCAGUGCCAACACCCGCUGUGCCAACACCCGCUGUGCCAACACCCGCAGUGUACCACACCCGCUGUGUCAACACACCUCGUGCACCUUCAAAAUAAUCAAUAUGAUAAUGGUAAUGGAGGUAAUGGCCUGA